AUGGCUACCCCUAGUGUCCUCGCUUUUGACGCUGAGGGUCGGGCCAUUGACUUUGACGUCCGGAUAGAUGACCUGCAGCUUCUCUUACAGUGCGAUAGGGCGGACGGUCUCUCUCUCUUUGACCUCACCUCUGGUGCCUCUCCUGCCCCUGCUGCUGAUGCUGACGCCACUGUCUCCUCACAGCGGGCCACGCGCGAUGCUGCUGCACUUCUUGCUGUGCGUCGCCACCUGCCUACCUCUGAGCUCACCCGCCUCCCUAACUCCCUUCGCGUAGUCAGAGACCACUUCCUCUCAGUUUGCCCCACCACCCUCACCGUUGACCUCCUCGAGAAGGCCCUCCUAGCAGCGGGGAAGAGCAUAGUCACUGUAGGAGCCUCUCGUGGUGACCCUCGCACCCCCAUCUUUGAGUGCGGCGUCUACCCCGCAAGGGCAAGGGGGGCAGGGGCGCUGGAGGAGCUUGCGGGGGCGGUGGAGGCGGCGGUGGAGGCGGCGGAGAGAGUGGGGGUGGCGGUGGGGGUGGUGGCGGGGGCGGAGGUGUCGGUGGCGGCAGUGGAGGCGGAGGCGGCGGCGGUGGCGGUUGGAGCGGAGGUGGUGGCGGAGGUGGCGGCGGUGGAGGAGGCGGUGGCGUAG